AACCGCUUCAUAUAUCUCUAUCUUGAUGUCGCCAUGGGCUCGAAAUCACCUGAACAAGACGGCCACCGUGGCCACGAUGCCCAGUCCUGCUCGACCAAGGGCAACAACGCGGGCGGCGAACCCCGCGGCGCCCAUUUGUCCCGCGAUGGAGAUUGCAGUCUGGGGGAUGAAGAUGGAGAUGACGACGACGACGAGGGUGCCGCCACCGCCGGUGUAGAGAACCACGUGUGCGAUGGUACCGACAAAGCAACGGCGCAACUCACCUCGGAGGGCGCCUCCAAGAAAAAGAAACGCAAGAAGUCCAAGAAGAAGUCUUCGGCAUUGAAACAGUCCUCGCCACCGCGGAUUCCGCUGAGCGACUUGUUCCCGAACGGCCAGUAUCCGACCGGCGAGUUCCAGAACUACCCCGUGGUCGAGAACACCGCUCGCACGACUGACGAGGAAAACCGGUAUCUGUCACGUCAGGAUCUCUAUGAUGAGACUUUCUUCAACAAUUAUCGGAAAGGAGCCGAGAUACAUCGUCAGGUUCGACACUGGACCCAGGAAACUGCGCGUCCGGGAUCGAGUCUCACGGACAUUGCCGUGGGGAUUGACGAUGGCGUCCGAGCGCUGCUCGACAAUGCUGGCCUUGAGCCGGGAAGUGCUCUCAAGUCGGGAUUAGGAUUUCCGACCGGACUCUCGCUAAACAAUUGUGUGGCGCACUGGACACCGAAUCCUGGCCAGAAGGAGGUCAUCCUGGACAGGAGCGACGUCAUGAAGGUUGAUUUUGGUGUCCACAUCAAUGGCUGGAUUGUGGAUAGUGCGUUCACAAUGUCUUUUGAUCCCACCUACGACAACCUGCUCGCUGCAGUGAAGGACGCUACCAACACGGGUAUAAAGAAUGCCGGUGUGGAUAUCCGUAUCAGCGAUGUCAGUGCAGCCAUCCAGGAAGCGAUGGAAAGCUACGAGGUGGACAUCGGUGGUAAAACGUUCCCUGUGAAGGCGGUGCGAAACAUCACCGGCCACAACAUCAAGGCAUAUCAGAUCCACGCUGGGAAGUCCGUCCCUUUUAUCAAGACGAAGGAUCAGACCAAGAUGGAAGAAGGGGAGGUUUUUGCCAUCGAAACCUUUGGGUCAACGGGUCGAGGCAUGGUACAUGAUGGUCCCGGCGUCUAUGGCUACGGAAAGUCCUACUCCGCGCCCAGCAAGAUAUCAUCGUCUCUUGCUUCGGCCAGGUCCCUUUACAAGACCAUCAAUGAUAACUUCGGCACCAUUGUCUUUUGCCGUCGUUACCUUGAGCGACUUGGCGUUCAGCGCUAUCUAGCCGGCAUGAACGACCUUGUUAACAAGGGAGUGGUGGAAAUGUAUGAGCCCUUGAUUGAUACUCCGGGGUCGUACUCGGCACAGUUUGAACAUACUAUCUUCCUCGGGGAAACGCGCAAGGAAGUUAUCAGUCGGGGAAAUGACUACUGAAUGUCAGCUGGACACCUAAGUUGUCUUUCAUUUCGUUCUGAUUCUGUUCUACUGGUUUACUGUUGACGCCAUCUAACAUGGCUGAAAUAUGUCAUCUUUUUGAUUGCUGUCCAACCAUUCAACAUGGCUCGCUAUUCUCAGUAUAGUCUAACUCUAGUUCCUAGUCGAAUAUUGCUCCCUACGGUGCUUAGGCCAACUAAGUUGGUCCGCCAGAUUGAGAGCGGAAAACAUCAAUCCACAUAACGAGGACAAAGUCCAUCGCUGGAAAUUUCAUUCUUGUUUAACU